AUGUGCAUUACAGAAGAGUUUUCUAAUGGUUAGCCAUGAUAAUAAAGCACAUUGGGUUUGUUCUGUAACAGGUUAAACUCUGACACCAAGAGUCUGCUAUGAUUUUAUAUUAAGAAUAGUGUAAAGUAUUGCUUUAGCUUCAAAAUCAAAAACAUAUUUUUAUUAUAUGCAAAUGGACACAAACUUUGAUUCUAUUGAUGAUAACUUCACUCAAUUCCAUUUAAUUCCACUUCCACUUAAUUUGAUAUUUUUUGGUUUUCAAACGUUUUGCCUUUGCAGAAUUUAAAGAGAUUUCAAAAAAUUUUUUACUAAUCAUCUAUACAACGUGAAAUAUUCACUAUUCACUACUGAUUGAUUUUUAAACCUCUGAAUCUUUCUAAAUACCAAAUAUCCUCUGUAACCAAUCAUUGUCCGAAGUUCUCAGAGUCCAGGGUUUCAGAACUGAAUGCCUGAAGGAGACUGGUUGAACUUUGACCGACCACUUUCACAUGUGAGGGCACGACGUUGGCACAGAUGCUCAUUCAGAGCUUCUGUGCACCGUGGAAACGUCUGAGGGAAAAAAACAAUGACUUCUAUGGAGCGUGUGAUUCCCACAGUGAACACCAUGAGUGUCCCACCACAGCAGGCUCUGCAGGCUCUGGCUGAGGGCCUCCACCGGGACAUUAAACAAGGGGCGCAAAAACACUUCCAGAGGAUUAUUAACGUUUCCUCAGCGGAUCCUCACAGAGCCGGAAUAAAGUCUCUCUCGUUUGUUCGACAGGUUCUGGCAGCGUGUCUGUGUCCUCAGCUGCUGAAGGACAAGUCUCUGCCCCUGGACGUGAGACAAAGAGCUCGGACUCUCCUGGAGGCCUGUGAUGGAGGAAGUGUUGGUGCCUACAGUCCGUCUGCUGGACUCACCUACGUCAGGCGAAGUAUUGCGGAUUUCAUCACCAGACGAGACGGUGGAGUUCCUUCACACAGUGACGACAUUUUCAUCUGUGCUGGGUCACAUCGUGCCUUGAUGGUGUUUCUGAAGCUCUUGGCCAGAGGUAAAGGAAAAACUCAUACAGGUGUGUUGACCCCCGUGCCCUGUCCGUCCACACUGCCGGUGCUGCUGGAUGAUGUAGAUGUGAAAAUGAUGCCCUACCAGCUGAAUGAAGAGCGGGGCUGGGCUGUAGACGUGGACGAGCUGCAGCGAGCUCUUACGGCAGCCAGAGGGCACUGUGAGCCAAGAGCCAUUUACAUUAGCAACCCGGGAAACCCUACAGGUCAUGUGCAGAACAGAAAAUCAAUAGAGGAGGUGAUUCAGUUUGCUGCAGAUCACAAACUCCUUAUUUUGGCUAAUGAGGUAGACCAGGACUGUGUGUACGGACCAGACGCUGAGUUUAUUUCCUAUAAGAAAGUCCUGUUGGAGAUGGAUCAGGAGUUGGCAGAGUCAGUGCAGCUGGUGUCAUUUCAGUCUGUGUCCAGCAGCUUCCUGGGAGAGGGUGGUCUGAGGGCAGGCUACAUGGAGACCAUCAACAUAGACCCAGAGGUGAUCCAUUAUAUUGAGAUCUUGCUGUGCUUUGACAUCAGUACUCCAGUGACGGGUCAGCUGGCCCUGGAUCUGAUGGUCAACCCACCGAAACCUGGAGACCAGUCCUAUGACACGUACAUACAGGAGGUUCUCCUACACAGAACCACACUGACCCAGAAUGCUCAGCGGGUGGUGCAGGCGUUGAAUGUUCUACCAGGAAUGAGUUGUCAGCCAUCAAUGGGAGGAGUUUAUCUGUAUCCCAGUCUGCGUUUACCUCCGGAUUUCAUGAAGUACGCAGAGGUGUCAAAGUUGGAGGCAGAUGUUCUGUACUGUCAGAUGUUACUGCAGGAAGAGGGUGUGCUGCUAGGACCAGGCUGGACUUGUGGCGGCGCAUCUCACCAACAUCAUAUAAGGCUGUGCGUCAUUGUUCCUGUGGAGACUCUGGAGGAGGUUCUGUCUCGAAUCAGUGCUUUCCAGCUCCGCCUCAUGGGCAGAUUUUCAAACCCUGUCGUAGAUGUAACAAAGGAAGACCGCGUGUUUCAAUACAAAACUGGCAAAGUUAUCAAACGUGAAGGAGGCUUGGUUAAUGGUUCAAGCGUGGUGGUUUGACAUUUCUGUGAAGGAAGGACUCUGAGGUUCCAACGCAGGCAA